AUGACUCUGGAGGAAGUUCGCGGCCAGGACACCGUCCCAGAAAGCACGGCCAGGAUGCAGAGCGCUGGGAAAGCACUGCAUGAAUUGCUGCUGUCCGCGCAGCGCCAGGGCUGCCUCACCGCGGGCGUCUACGAGUCCGCCAAGGUCCUGAACGUGGACCCUGACAACGUGACCUUCUGCGUGCUGGCAGCCGACGAGGAGGACGAGGGCGACAUCGCUCUGCAGAUACACUUCACGCUCAUCCAAGCGUUCUGCUGCGAGAACGACAUCGAUAUCGUGCGAGUCGGCGACGUGCAGCGGCUAGCGGCCAUUGUGGGCGCCGGCGACGAGGCGGGUGCGCCUGGCGACCUACACUGCAUCCUUAUCUCGAACCCCAAUGAGGACGCGUGGAAAGAUCCCGCUUUGGAGAAGCUCAGUCUGUUCUGCGAGGAGAGCCGCAGCGUCAACGACUGGGUACCCAGUAUCCCCCUCCCGGAGUGACUGCCUGGCGCGGAGACCUUUGUUUGAUCAACGUGGCGUGACGCACCGGGCGCCUAGGGC